CGCUUGACAUCAGAAAAGCUGGCACACAUGUCGCACAUGUGAAGGUUCAACUAGAAGAAUCAUUAUUUCAGCUUGACGCGAAAGAGAUGAAAAAUAUAGUGAUCGCUUACGAACCAAUAUGGGCGAUCGGCACGGGUGAAACAGCAUCACCGGCACAAGCACAAGAGAUGCAUGCAGCUAUCAGAGCUAUGCUUCAGAAAAAAUAUGGCAAAAGAGUGGCAGAUAGCACAAGCAUACUUUAUGGUGGAUCUGUAAAAGGCAACAAUGCCAAAGAACUUUUCGGACAGGAAGACGUAGAUGGUGGA